GCUUCCAUGGCCACGAACAACCUUCAAACUGGAGAUGCAUCACCAACCGAGCAGGACCCUGCAAAUGGCAGCGGCAAGCCUCCCCAAAAGCCUUGUGCAGACUCAAAGCUGUAUGAGUUCAAGGAGCAACUCCUGCUGCUGUCGACUCUGGUGGCAACGGUGACGUAUGUCGCCGGUCUGAACCUGCCGGGCGGGUACUGGGAGCAGGAUGACCCCGGAGGGCACAUGGCCGGCGAUCCGAUCCUACGGGAUACCCAUUACCGCCGGUACCUCAUCUUCUACUACUGCAACGCCACAGCACUCGCCGCGUCGCUCGUGGUCUCACUCAUCCUCAUCAUCCUGAAGAGGAAGGACCAUGUUUGGACAGUGGUGCUGCGGGUGGUGAUGGUUUUGGACCUGCUCGGCCUCAUGGGCGCCUACGGUGCAGGGAGCUGCCGGGAUGCGUUCACAACGAUCUACGCGGGGGUAACCUUCUUCCUUUUGGUAUUGAUCAUCAUUGCUGUUUUCUUCUACGUCUCGGUCAAUGGUGGUGGUGGGGAUAACUCCAGCUCCAAAAACAAUACCAGCUCGCAUCCUGUCUCAGUCUCCAUCCCCAUAUACGAUCCUAAAUCGAACCCUGACUCCAACUCCAUCCCCAUCUCCGUUUCCAAAUCAAAUCCUGACUCCAACUUGAACUUGGAAACCAAGAAAGAAGAGAAGGAGAAGAUCAAUGUGUUGAUGUUACUCGCAACCUUUGUCGUCACCAUCACGUACGUAGCUGGGUUGAACCCGCCCGGUGGCUUCUGGAGCAGCACCCAAGACAGACACCGUUUGAGCGACCCGGUGUUACAAGCCCGUGGUCGGUACCGUGGCUUCUUUGUUUGCAACACCACUUCGUUCGCCGUGUCCCUGCUCAUCAUCGUGUUGCUCUUGGAGAGGAAGCUACUGAAGGACAAGCUAAGCCAGAACUUCACGGUGCGAUUCUUGGCGCCAUACGUGUGGAUCGCCGUCACAAUGUUGGGCCUUAUGGGGGCCUAUGCUGCUGGGGGCUGCAGGGAGGCUGACAAUACCACUCUUGUCCUUGCGGUCCCUGUCGGCGUAUGCCUACUGCUGUGGUUUAUUACUUACAGAAAUGGUUGGGAACAGCUCACGACCAAGCUUCAUGAUGUUUCGACAAAUUUCAAGGUGCUGUUCGGCAUUCCUAAAGGCACCUGCGAAGGCGCGAAGGAAGCACAUCAGCAAAAUACCCGCUAUCUUGUUAUGCUCCUAGCUACUCUUGUUGUGACCAUCACAUACCAAGCCGGCCUAGAUCCACCCGGAGGCCUUUGGCUAGACAACCAGGAUGGGCACAAGAUGAGCCACCCAGUGCUCCAAAUGACACAUCCUACUCGGUACAGAGUGUUCUUCUAUAGCAACUCGGCAGCUUUUGUCACAUCUUUGGUCGUCAUCAUGAUGCUCCAGAGCAAAUUUCUUCUCAACCGGCACACACUGGAAGCAACCCUGGUGCUGGACCUAUUUGGCCUCGUUACUGCAUAUGGUGCUGGGAGCACUAGGGACGUAAACGCAUCCUUCUACAUCAUCGCCUUGGCAGGCAUUGUCCUUGUCUAUGUCAUCGUCCAUAUCACCAUAACAGAUCAUGCCCCUGAGCCAGAGGAUGGUGCUGCUGUACUGAAGGAUCUCGAUGACAAGCGCAAGGUGCUACUGUUGGUUGCAAUCUUGGCCGCUACCCUCACGUACCAAGCUGGUCUCACCCCACCUGGUGGCUUUUGGUUAGCGGAUGACCAAGGGCUCGAUCGGCAUGCAGGUUUCCCUGUCCUCUUCAACAAUUACCCUCGCCGUUACAAUGCAUUCUUCUACUGCAAUGCGACGAGCUUCAUGGCGUCUAUAACCCUCAUUCUUCUCCUAGUCAAUCCGAAGCUAUACAGGCCAGGUAUACGUUGUUAUGCACUCUAUGUGUGCAUGUUGGUGGGAAUGUUUGGCCUGAUGGGUGCCUAUGCUGCUGGAAGCGCUCGACAACUGAAGACCUCCAUCUAUGUAUUAACCUUGGUUGGUAUGGUUUUAGCCUUUAUAGCCUUUCUAGUUUUCAUUUUCUGGUUCAUCAUCAAGUCUGAAGCCAGCAGUAAAGAUGGGCAAGAUGAAGCAGUUCAUAGUAAUACCGACAAAAACAUCAUCAGCAGCAGCAGUACUACCACCAGCAUCAACACUAGUGUUGUCGACGCUGCCACCACCACCACCACCAUCAUCACCACCACCAUUACCACUACCACCACUAGCAACAACAUCAACAGCAGCAGCAACAACAACGACAAUCAAAGCAAUAGCAACAACACCACCAGCAGCAGCAAGGACAAGAAUGAGAAAGAGAAAGAGAAAGAAACGGUUGAAUACUUCAUGUUGUUGGGAAUCCUGGCUGCGAGUAUGACAUACCAGAUAGGCCUAAAACCACCGGGAGGCCUGUGGCAAGACAACGACAAUGGACACUCUGUUGGCAACCCCGUCCUCCACGACAUCAACAAGCAUCGGUACGACGUUUUCUUCUACAGCAACUCCACUUCCUUCAUGGCCUCAAUUGUUGUCAUUGUCCUGCUCCUUCCAUGGACGACGAGCCACAAACGGAAACCGCCGCUCUGGCUAAUGCAUAUGGCUAUUUUGCUGGACAUGCUUAGUCUCCUAGUGGCAUACGCAGCAGGCAGUACUAGGAAGUGGGAAACAUCCAGAAACGUCAUAUUCAUCAUCAUCCCCGUCUUGUUAUACAUUGCGAUCUACGCAGCUGCGUCAGUCCUCUUCCCAAAGGAGGGCCGGACUUUCUGGACAUGCUUGACCUCCUGGUGGCAUACGCGGCAGGAAAUCAGUAAGAAGCCUACACAGCUUCUUCCCCAGGAAAGACCGGUGUGACAGUGUGAACCUUGAACCCCAAUGCUAUAAUGAUAAGCACCCGACAAACAUGAUAUCAUGUGAUUCUUUGUAUAAUCCCCAGGAAACAUGUGGGAGGAACUACAUGUUUGUAAAUCCUUCUAUGAGUUCACGAGGAAUUGAAUCCAAGUGAUGUAGCUAUGCUCAACCACGAUCAAAGUGUGUAUAUUUCAGAUUCCAUAUUUUAUCAUUUUCGGGACAUUGGGAGGGACUGUUGAAA